AUGUUACAAGGGAAGAUAAAAAAAUUUAAACUACCCAUAAACAAUAACAUUGAGAAUUUUUUAAAGGACAUAAGCUUAAAAAAAAAUGAAUAUGUAUACGGUUGUGGAGCAGAAGACAUAGAAAAUAUUACUCUGAAGGCUGAGUGCAUAAUUAAAUAUUUUAAUUUCAUUAACGAAAGUUAUAGUAACCUGUUAUUACUAUUAUGUCAAGAGGGCUUCGAUACAUUGUUGAAUUAUAUAAGGAUAUGCGAUAACUUUAAUGAUGGAGAACAAGAGAAGAUUUUUGGUUGUCUAACAAUUUUAACCGAAAAAAGUGUAGAUGUUUUUAAGAAUUAUUUUAAAUGUAUAGAAAAAUGUCAUAAAAAGAAUGGGUAUUGUGAUAAUGAGGUGGAAAAGCUACAAUUUAUUUUGAAUGAAAAUAAUAAUAUAAUGAACAUGAUAAUUCAGUGUUUGGAUGAUAAUUAUAAGGAAUAUACAGUAAAUGAAAAAAGUAAAAAAAAAUUUACAUUUUUCGAAAUUCAUGAAAUAUUAAUUUCCUAUUUUAAUGCACUAACAUUUGUGUAUUUAAAUGUUUUUAACUAUUAUUAUAAUAAUAAUUUCUGUAAACAACAAAAUACAGAAAUGGUUGUUGUCAAUGUCCAGAGAGGAAGGAAAAAACUGAAAAAAGAAACUGAAGAAGAAACAAACAUUGCCUUGAAAAAUAUGAAUUGUCUUUUAAAUAACAUCAUCUUGUUGUUAAGUAAUAUCAAUUUUGAAAUUUUAUAUGACGAGGUUAACAUUCCUAUAGUAGAUUUAUAUUUGCAAUUUUUUUUAAAUAUAUACACAAUUAAUCAGGAAAAUAACAACAUGUUCAAUAUGAGUUUAUAUCAUGAUCAUAUAUCUAUGAUAAUUGGGACUUUGUUAAAAAUAUACAUUAGGGAAGAGAAGUGUGUGGGGAGAAUUAGGACCUCGUCCAAGAUGGAAAACGGAAAUAUGGAGAAUAAAAAUAAUAAGGAGAAAAAAAAAAGUAACUCUGUUAGUCAAGUGAGAGGGUGGCAUAAAGAUGACAGCAGUGAUGAUGAAAGUGUUGAUCCAAGUGAGAGUCGAAAUGAGGAAACGUUUAACAAAUCUUUUAACGAAGUAGACGACAAUAAAAGUGUGAAAUCAGUGGGUGACAAAUUUCACUCAUUUUCCUUUACAUAUAUUUUUUUAAAUGCGUGUAAGAAAUGUACGAACGUGAACAUAUGUGAUGCUUUGCUAAGGGUUAGAAACACUGAUAUUCCUGCAAUUAUUAUAAAAGAAUUUAUAGAUUAUAUAAAAGAAAAUUCUCUGCUGUAUUUAAACCUGAGUAUACAGACACAUGCACAAAAUGAAAUAAUAAAUGUUUUAAAUUUUCUGGAAUAUAUAUCCAAAAAUUUAAGUUUUCAUUUACUUUCAUUUUUAAAAGACUUAAUGGAUAUGCUAGGUAUUGACAUUUAUUAUAUAAGGAAAUCUAUAUUCGAAAUGUUUAAAAAUUUUAUAACUUUAGCAAAGGCUAAUGAGGAAGUACAGGAGAGGGGGAGUAAGGACAUGGAUGCUGAGAGCGAGUAUGGCACUAAAAAGGAGAGACUCAGGAUGAAUAUUGAUGCGAUGGAUUUGGAGUACGACGAAGAGGGAGAAGAGGAUGUAUAUGAGACAGAUGAAGCAGAAGAAGCAGAUGAAACUGAUGAAACUGAUGAAGCAGAUGAAGCAGAUGAAGCAGAUGAGACAGAUGAAGCAGAUGCAACAGAUGAAAAUGAUAGUAGCAGUGAUUUUUUUACCCAGGGGAAUGAUGACUACUCUUCGGAUGAAGAGUUUAAAAAAGGCCACGGAGGGAGAAAAAAAAAAAUCAACGUGAGAAAAAGUAAUAAAAGUGUCAGUAAGAAAAAGACGAAAAAGAACAGCAUAUUUAAAAAGAAACAACAGAGGCAAAAGAAGAUGAAGAUGAAAAUGAAGAAGAAAAAAAAAAAAAAAAAAAAAAUGAACUCCUAUUUAAGGUCAUUUCGUCUAAAUAUGAACGAAAGCAGCAUUAGCACAUAUAAAGAUAUUAUACACAAAAUAAUUUUAGAAGAUAUUCCAUUUUUACAAUUAUGUUUUAGUGAAUGUUUGAAAAAUAGAGCUUUCAUUUUGAGCGUGUUGAUGUCGAGACAACAUGAUUCCAAAUUACAUGUGCGAUGUCAUUUGUUAAAAAUAUUACAAGAACUAAUUGAAAAUAAUAUAAUUCCUUUAAAUUAUUACAACAACUUGUGCUUAAUAUGCAGUGAAAGGAUAAAUGACAAAUCACCAUUGGUGAGACAAAGAGCAUUUUCUCUACUUUCAUGCAUAGCUAGCGAUGUAGUGAAGAGCAAAUAUGUGAUUCCAUUAAAUACGAAUAGAAUAAAGAGAGAAUUAGAAAAUCUGAGUAAGAGAAAAGAAGCGUUAAAGAAGAAGGAAUUGCUGUCCCAUGCUGAUGGAAAGGGAGAAGAAAUCAGUUCAAAGAAGUUGAAUGGAAUGAAACCUAAAUUGAGGAAAAGCAAAAAGAAAGUUAAUCUCUCAGAAAGUGAUAGCAGUGACGAGGAUGAUGAAAAUAACUUAGGAAAAAGAAAUAGCACAAUGCAGAAUGUUGACAAUUGCAGCACGUCUUCGUUGGUAGAAGAGGAAGUGAAAACAAUUAAGGGAUACAAGAAUAAGUACGAUUUGUUAAUUAAAAUGUAUAAUGAAGUCUUAUUCAUUUCAAUUAUCGUAGAUGAUUGUGUGGAUUUAUGUUUCAAAUUGUUGUAUUCUGUUGUAGAAACAGAUCAGAAGAGUUCGAUAAGAUUUAUUAUAUUAGCACAUAUAUGUGGAAAUAAGAAAGCAGAAGAACAGAUGAACAAAGUAUGGUCUUUAAUUUUUAGUAAUAACAGUAGUAUUGUCGAAAUGAUUAUAAGUGAAUUUGUUAAUGUUAAUAUUUCGUGUGAUGAUUACCGAAUUAGUGCUUUUCGAUUAAUUAAUAUAUCACUUAAUAGUAAAUUAAAGGAUUUGUCUUGUUUAGAAAAAAUAAUGGAAUGUUUAUUAAUGCAAGAUAAGUGUAAUGUUAGUGUUACAAAACUGUUAGACGAAUUAUUUAAUAUAAUUUUUGUUGACACAUUUAGUGAAAAUAAGAAUUUAAUCAUAAAAGAAGGUGCUUUAUUACUUAUGAAAAUAUUAUUUUACUGUAUCCAUACAGUUAAUUUAAAAAAAGGGAAAAAAGAGCAAUAUUUUUUUUUUAGUAACAAAAGAAAACAUCUCAUUUUGUUAUUUAUAAAUCAGUAUAAGGAUAAUUUGCAUUUUAUAAAUUUGUUAAUUUUAAUUUUAAGAUAUAACAAGACUAAUAAAAUUAUUCAGAAUUUGUUAAUCAUUUUGUUUAAUCUCGUUUUCGAUCAUAUGGUUGAUGAGAAAAAUGAGAAAAAGAAAGAAAACCAUUCCACAAAUGAGUUGAACAAUGGAUAUUCUUCUCCCUGCAGAAUUGUAAGGGGUAUUAGCAGGAGGAGCAGCAUCAUCGGUGACAAUGCAAAAAUGCAAAAUUGUGAUAUUCCUGAAUUGACAAAUUAUCUUCAUCUGCACGAUGAAAGAAAUGUAUGGUUCAGGUGUUGCCAGUCCAUUGUGGAAAGUAUGUAUGAACAUUUUGAUGACUUCCUCAUAAUUUUUACUACGAAAAUGAAGAAUACGCUGAGUGCUAUUCUUUGUAGUAAUAACAGAAAUAUGAAUGAAGAUCUAGGAUAUUGCAAAGACAAGGAUAAAAAUAUAUCAGGAUGUAGACUAGUGAAAAAGACAAUGGACGAAGAAGAAGAUGAAGAAGGAGGAAGCGAAGCAGAAGGAGGAGAAAAUAAAUCAAAUAAGGUAUCCUGUUUUGUGUUAACAAAAUUUAUAUUUUUAUCAGGACAUUUAGGGUUAUAUACAUACAUAUAUGCGGAAAAAAUACAAAAUAAAUUGAAAAAAAUUGCAUCAAAAAGUGAUAGUAAUUAUGGAAUGUGUACGAAAGAAGAAAAGGACAGAGAAUAUUUUGAUUAUGUAGUUGAAAAUAUGAUUGUAUGUAAUAAUUUACUGGGGAAAAAAAUUAUGCCUUUGAUAUUUUUAAUUUUAAAUAAUCCAGAAAAGUUCUUUCAUGAUUGUGUAGUUAAAGAAGCAACUGAUGCAGAGACUUUGUUUCAUAAAGAUUCCAAGAAUGAUACCGCUUUUAUGAACAGUAAUAUGACCAAGGAGAGUAUAUACAUGCAUUAUGAGAUGUAUUUACUUGUACUGAUUUGUCUAUUAACCUUGUGCAAAUUUUGCAUAAUUUCUCAAAAAUUUUGCCAAAAUGUUAUUAGUGAGCAUGUGUCGAUUAUACAGUUAAUUGUGUCCGUAAUAAUAGAAGAGCAGAACCAAAUUUUCUCUUUGAAAACGGAGAUAUUUCUGAGUCCCGAGGGGUUAGAAUCUAACGGGGAUGAUGAGGCUAGUGAUGACAACAGCAGUUAUUUCAAAAAAGGAGAUAGUAACAGAAACUUUGAUGAUGUUGAGAAGUUCAUGGAUGAAGAUUCAAAGGAAUGGGAUCAAUUCGAAGGCUCUUCAAAAGGCAGAGGGAUGAGAAGGAAAAGAAGAAACCCGAGGAAGGAAGAAUAUUUAUGCAUUGAAAAUGAAAAAUUGGAUAAAUUUUAUAGCAAGAAAAGAGACUUGAAUGAGGAUCUAUUGGAACAAUUUCAGAGAAGAAUAAUGUAUAGAACAGUUUCUAAUAUAAGGAAAAUGCUCCUAAUUAGCUAUGCGGAUUUGUUAUAUAGACAUCCCAAUCUAUUAGAGCCAUAUAACAAAUAUAUUUUUAAAGUUUUAAAUGAUAAAGAUAUAAAUAUGAGAAGAACUGCCGUUUCUGUUUUUACACAUCUUUUUAUGACAGACACAGUGAAGGCAAAAAAUGUAUUACUUGUUCAUAUGAUGUAUUUAACAAUUGAUAAAGAUGAGAAAAUAUCAAGUGGAUCGAAAUCUUUUUUUUAUGAAUUAGACAGAAAAUCUCAUGUAACAUUGGUUAACAAUAUAUGUGAUAUGAUUUGUGUUUUAGCAAAAAAUGAAAAAAAAUUAAAAUACGAAAUGAAUAAAGAAAUUGAAGAAUUUCUUUUGAGCUUUAUUAAAAAAAGUAAAUAUAACGAAACGUUAGUUGAAAAAAUUUUUAAAAAAAUGAAAGAAGUUAACAUUAACAAGACAGAUGCGUUAAAACUUUACAUGCAAGUUUUCUUAAAUAUACAAAUUGAUGAAAAGGUACUAAGUAAAAUGAACAAAUGUUUUCAUCUAAUUCGGUACAUCAUAAGAGAAAAUCAAUAUAUUCAAGAUAGUUUCAUACAGAUAUGUAAAAAGGCUACCGAAAAAAAGAGGGGAAGACCAGCAGAAGAAGGACAUCACCAACAGCAGCUACAACAGCAGCAGCAGGAACAACAACAAAAGGAUCAAUUGAGUGCAUCGAACAAUGAAAAGGGCCAUACUGAACGAGCAGAAAAUGAUAAAUCUGAAAAUAAGAUGAGAGAAUUGGCUGAAGACAUUUUGGGGAAAAUUGAGUCUACUACAAACAAAUCGAAGAACGCUUUGAAUGUGCAUAGCAAUGUGACAAAUACAGUUUUAAAGGAUUCUAGAAAUCAAAACGAUAACGAUGUACUUAGAAAUGAUGAGGAAUUGAGUAAGCACGAGGAGGAUGGAUUUGACAAUGAGGAUUGA